GAAGAAAAGUAGGCAGGAUUCGCGAUUCUCCCCACAAGAAGAGAAGACGACUUUUUUACUUUUUCGGUGCGUGUGUGGUUUCGUUUCUAGAAGAAAAAGAAAAAUAGCCUCCUGGGCCAAGUUUCGGUGUUAUCGGUUUCGUGUUCUCGCGUCGCGGAAAGAAAAGUGAAAAACGUGCGUAAUUUCGGCGGGUUUUUGGAAAACGGCGCGCGCGGUUCAAAUGUCCGGUUCGGGAAACAUCCGGCGAGGGAAAUAAAAUUCACGGUGUUGGUUCUGGCUGGCGCGGUAGGCGCUGAAAAAAGUCAACCACGAAGACCUCCAAGACGAAGACGAAAGGCAAAAAGAGCUAGCAUCUGUCCGGAUCGGAGAAAGGUCUUCCGGUGGUGGCCACUGGUCACAUUGUCCGCCGCGGUGCAUCAGCAGUGCCCAACCCUGCCCCAAGAAUUGCCACCAGCUGACGGCCUCGGAGGGCGACGAUGAAUAAUGCGCCGGCUUCGUCUGGCCGGGGGCGCGGAGGCAAACGCCAGCAGCAGUCUCUGUACAGCCCCGGCAGUGGCCCGCUGCGGAAAUCGGAAAACUCCGGCAGCAAUCGGUCGCUCAACUCGCUGGGUGACGGACCUGCCCCGACUUCGGGGCGCGAUCGGGACCGUGACCGCGAUCGCGAUUGGGGCCCAAGCGACGGAUGGCGAUCGGUCAAUAAAAAGGAACGCAAUAACAAAAAGCAUGACUAUUACGAUCAGCAGCCGUCCCGGCCCCGAAACGAUGCCCCGCCAGGUUUCCGACAGGCUUCCGAACCUCGGGUCCUGUCAACCAAUCCGCCUAACGUCAACUACAAUCGGCCUCAGGAUCGUCUACGCAACGAGCGGGACACGCGAAGUGUCGAACCCAGCUUUGGGGGUCGCCUAGGCCCCAAGAAACCCAUGUUGCCUUUAAAUAUUGAGACCCUAGCACCUCGAUUGCAGCGUAAGAUCCUCCAGGAUCACGGUCUCCCGCUGGACUAUUUGGAGACCCUACGCAACGAGCAUCCUCCGCAGAGCUGGUCGCAUACGCUUCCCAUGUCACCUCGCUCGCGUCCGCCGGGAAUGCGAGGUGGCGGCCGGAAUCGAUACUCAGGGAACUACCAGCAGCCGGGAGGAUACCAGCAGGACUACCGGGCACGAACUCCGGUGGAUAUGCAGCGUCCCCGGAGCCGAUCGUCGGAUGUGGGAAAUGACCAGGGUGAUGUCCAUCAUCACCAGCAAGUGCAUCCACAGCAGCAGGACUUCGAUAGACCUCCGCGGCCCCACAGCAGGAACUCCAGCUGCGAUCCGAACGAUCGAUGGAACAGUAACUAUGGGCUUCCCCCGAGAGACGGCGGAGGCCGAGGGUAUGUCGAUGAACACAUCCCCGUUGGACCACCGCCCGGAUUCCGCAAGGACAGCAAUCGCAGCCGACAGUAUUCGGAAGGCGGCAAAAUCGAUGAGGACGAUGGCAGGAAAUCUGCCGGAAAAUUGGACUGGGCUGACGAUGUCGAGCGGGAAGCAAUGCAAGAGAAGACCACCCUCAACAACAAUAUCGGUCCGAAUACGGGCUCCAACAGCAGGAACAGACGUCGACAUCGGAGAAAUGGAAAUCGGAAAAAGCUAAAGGGAACAACCAAUUCCCGUUCCAGUAAUGACUUCUACGACGAAGGCGGUUUCAAGGUCCCCUAUCCGCCAGUGACAAAAGGAAGCGGAGGAAGCAGUGGCCGCAGCCGUCGCAAUUCACAGUCCUCCAACUUGAGUCGCGAGAAUAGCAUGGAUCGAGCGGGUUACGCAAGUGGCCAUCGUGGCGGCAGUCGUAGUGGGAAACAUUUUGGCAAUCGCGAAGGCAGUCAGGAUCGGUAUUACGAACGGGGCGACGGAGGAAGGUUCCAUAGGAAGAGCGCAGGUGGAGAUCGGUACAGCAAUAGUCGAGAUAACAGUAUGGACCGUGGCGGCAAUUGGCAGAGGGGUGGUGGAGUUCACUCCGAAAAUUGGCGAGGGGCGGGCGAUGGCAUCGAAAAGACGGACGUCAAAAUCGCCGAAAUGACGAAGCAAUUCGAGGAGCAAAUCGGAAUCCAGAAGGCUCCUGGAGUGUUGGUGCUUCCACCGAAAAUCCCCGCUUCAGGCAAUCUGCCACGGGAUGAUCAUCUCAGGGAAGAUAAUUCAGGAAAUGCACGGACGCUGUUCGAUCCCAAGAACCCCAACAAGCCAAUCAUGAUCACUCCGUCUCAAACUCGCAAUUACAAUCCUCCGGAGAACCUAGACGAACUAGGAUCCUCUACCGAACGCAAACGAAUUGCCAGCGGCAACCAACUCAGCAGCGCACGUCCACCCUGGUACGACACUAGCGCAACUCAAGCCAACCUACUCCGCAACAAAGAUCUGGUCCACCAGCUGGAAGCUGCCGAUAAUCGCCUUCAAGACUUGCUAUUCACCGGAAACCUAUUCCGCGAGUGGGACAUCUACGUCCAAAUCAGAACCGACCUGCAAAGACUGUUGGAAUCGUUCCUCCUGACCGAAAUGCGUUUCUCCCAGGACAUCAACAUCGAGCACCACUUUUGGAAGCUCCUGUACUACAACAUCAUAGAGCAGUUGCGCAAGCUCCUGGCGGAAGAUCCGGAUCAGAACAACCGAGCCUACUAUCGCGAAAAAGCCACGGAAAUCAUCGAAAACGGAGCGCAGUUCUUCGAACAGCUCCUUACCCUGCUGGAGGGCAAGUUCAAUUUUUGCCUGGAGAACUACAUCGGACCGAAUGCGGCCACCAACACCAAGGGGAUUAAGUGCGGCCUGGCGUUGGUUUCCGCCCAGAAGAUUUUCCUCUUUUUGGGUGACCUGGCACGCUACCGGGAGCAGGUCAACGAAUCGAACAAUUUCCGCAAGGCGAAACAGUGGUACGUGAAGGCUCAGCAGAUCAUGCCCAAGAAUGGUCGCCCAUACAAUCAACUGGCGCUGCUCUCCGUCUAUGCUAAACGCAAAAUUGACGCCGUGUACUUCUACAUGCGCAGUCUGAUGUCGUCGAAUCCGUUCGAAUCAGCCCGCGAAAGUCUGAUGGAUUUGUUCAACGAGACUAAGAAGAAGCAUAAGCUUUUGUACGAGAGCAGCCAGCGGAAGCGGGAGGAGAAGAACCGGGCCCGGCUCAAAGAAAAAGAGCACCGCUUCGAUGGGCACCUGCGGCGCGAAACGUGGAUCCAUCCGGAGGGUGGUUUCCGGGUGCACCGGACGGCGCCAUUGGAUCCGAUGGCCGGUCGGACCGGGGACACCAGCGAGGAAGAGGAAGAGGAACUGCGCCAGCUCGAUUCGAUCGAACUGAACAAGCGGUUCAUCGUGAGCUUCCUGCACGUGCUCGGGAAGCUGAUUACGAAAACCGGCAUGGAGUCGUUCACGCCCUGCGCCAUCCAGAUGCUGCGGGAGUUCCGGGCACUGAUCCAGCACUCGCCGAUCGCGGUCACCUCGCACCGGUUGCUGCAGCUGAUGUCGCUGAACAUGUUUGCGAUCGAGAUCACCAAGCUGAAAGGUAAGUGAGGAUUUUCUAUUUGC